AUGCUUUUCUCCAUCUCUACCCUCGCCGCCAUCUCGGCAUUUGCCUCUGCUGCUCUGGGUGCUGCUUUGCCCGUAUCAGCCAACCCAAACGCUGUCGCCAAGCGUGCUCUGUCUGGUCAGGCUACCUUCUACGGUGGUAACACCUCGGGUGGACAGUGUUCGUUUACUCAGUACACUCUUCCCUCUGGAGUCUACGGAACUGCUCUCUCCGACUCCAACUGGAGCAAUGCCGCCAACUGCGGUGCUUGCGUCUCGGUCACCGGACCCAACGGCAAGACCAUCACUGCCAUGAUUACCGACCAGUGCCCUGGAUGUGGUACCAACCACCUCGAUCUUUAUGAAGAUGCAUUUCCCAACCUGGCUCCCAAAUCUGCCGGCAUCAUCGACGUGACCUGGGAUUAUGUCGUCUGCCCCAUCACCACNCCCCUCUCCAUACACAUGAAGUCUGGUGUCUCCCAGUACUGGUUCUCUGCUCAAGUCGUCAACGCCAAGCGCCGCACCACCAAGCUCGAGGUCAGCACCGACUCUGGCAAGACCUGGAAGGCUGCUGCCAGAACUACCUACAACUUCUUCGAGAUCUCCAGCGGAUCUGGUGCUACCUCGGCCUGGAUCAGAGUCACUAGCGAGACUGGUUCGACUGUUACUGUUAAGAACGUCUCCCAGACUGGUGAUGUUAGAGCAACUGCUACUGCCAACUACGCCUAG